AAGGAAUGCCAACAUGGACCCGUGGCAAAGACGGGAUGUGAGUGUGCGACGACAAUAACACGACGGAGACGAGAAAUAAAGCCGAGAUACAGAGAGCCGUCGACUGCGCCGCUCCCCUGCGCCGACCCUCCUGCCUCUGAAGCACGGUCUUUGUGACUCCUCCUCUGGAUCGAGUUUCCUCUACGUCCCUUCUGCAGCGCUUGGCCAGGAUCAAUGGUGUCUCUCAGCAGCAGAACGCUGAGUUUGGAGAACGACCUGUUCAGGGACAGCAGCAGCCUCUUCUCCCUUGACCUCGGGGAUGGAGACCGCAGCCAGGGGAGCAGUUCGGCCUCCUCUGAUAGCCCAGAGACCAGGGAAGUGGAUGCUAUGCACAGCUGCAGCCCAGGAGAGGAGGAGGAAGAUGAAGAAGAAGAGGAGGAGGAUGAAGAAGGAGAGAAGCAUCUGCAUAUUUUCUUGGGAGAAAUGGGAGAAGGGGAACCUGCCAGUCAGGAGCCUAAACUGCCCGAAUUCCCUUUUCGCCCCUGUUCUCCAUUCUCCCCAACCUUGGAGGACAUCGAGGAGUUUCUGAGGGAAAAGAUGGAACUAGUCAAAGAAGGGAUGGUGGCUCCAAAAGAGGAGGCCUCCCCUCUACCAUGCAGCUCCACUGACUCGCCACCUGCCGCUGCACCCCCAGUUGCUUCCUCAGAGACUAUCGAUGAUCCAAAAACUGAUGCCUCCCAAUGCACUUCCAGCUCAGACACCUCUCAAAACGGGAGAAACAGCCCCAUUCCAGUUGAUCCUUCCUCUGGUGCCCAAGUUAACCCCUCACCACCCACCUUGACUCCACCGGUGCUCCUGGGUGCUCCUUUGGUGCUCCAGCUCCAGCCGCUUCCUUUGGCCCAGGCACAGAAUCCAGCAGGCCGUCCUCCUCCUCCUCCUCCUGGGGCCCAAAAUGGCAUUUGGCUCACUCAUCUGGUCAUGGGGCUUCAAGGUACCACAGGACAAAAUGUCACACUGCUGGCUCCCCAGGUGCCCUCCACCCACACCACUCUGCUAUCACUAAAUAGUGGGGACAACAAGUCAGCUGACCAGAAGUAUGUAAAGAUCGCCCCCCUGCCUAUCACCAUGAGGACUCUAGAGAUCACGGGCGUGACUGGAGUCGGGGGCCACGGAGGUGGUGUGUUAAAAGCAGUGGCUCCCCGACUGACGAGGGUGCCACCUACUGAAAGGGUCCACAAGUGCUCCCACCCAGGCUGUGGGAAGAUGUACACCAAAAGCAGCCAUCUGAAAGCUCACUUCCGCCGUCAUACAGGAGAGAAACCCUACACAUGUAGCUGGCCUGAAUGUGGCUGGAGGUUCUCCCGAUCCGACGAACUGUCUCGUCACCGCCGCUCUCACUCGGGCGUCAAGCCUUACGAGUGCUCACUGUGCGAGAAGAAGUUUGCCCGCAGCGACCACCUGUCCAAACACACGAAGGUCCACCGCAGCUCCAGGCCCAGCAGGAUUAUCAGAGCCACAGUGUGACGCCCUCAUCUGGCCUAGACCCUGCCUAACACCCACCCACCUGCCCUGCCUGCCUCAUCUAGCCUAGCUUUGACUCGGACAGCAGGGUGAAGGUCUGGGCCUCCUCAGGACUUUUGGUGCUUUACGAGCAGGGCUUUCAGAAGAAUCUCGAGUUGGCUGCCGUUCCACUUCAUAGUUUUGUUCCUUUCUCUUCCUCCCCUCUGUUUUACCUUUCAGUGUUCCUCGUGAGCUGCUCGUAUUAUACUGAGCUAACAGCCACCUCAGGAAAAACUCAGCUCAGAGUGGAUUUCCUGGCCUUCACACACUCAUGCGUGGCAGAAUGCAGAGCAGCAGACAUUCUUAUAGGGGCCCCUCUUGCAACCACUGUGUGCCCUACUGCUCCAGUUACCAAGCUGCCAGGUGUUGUGGGAAGUCGAGUGUCAACCAGUAAUGGGAGCAUCUGUAAUUAUCUAAUCUCUUUUCUACUUUUGCAAUCGUUUGCUUCCAGCUAAACUUCAGGGUUCAAAUGUUUCAGAUGAAGCUUCCAUUGUUGCACUUAUAUAUUCUAAUCAUAAAGCUUAGAUGGACUCAGUCGGAAGCUCAUUCUGUAGGGCGCUAUUCUGAAUUCUUCUGAAAGUACUUUGAGUUUAAGAUUUGCAAAUGACUCCGAGGCUCCUCACGUUAAGAGACGGUGUUUAGUCCUAUCGAACUUGUGGCGUCCCUAACAAUUUGGCCAAGUUAAGAAAAACUCAUUGUUUUACGGAGCACACCUUGGCCUUUAUUGCAUUCAUCCAAUCAUGAGCCAAAUGGUUUGGACCUGUAUGCCUUUUCUCAGUCCCAGUACAUCCUAAUCUCUUUAUUAAUGCCUUUGUCCAUCUCACAAAACCUCUCUCGAGCCUGCUGUUAUCACACCACUGCUCUUCUUUAGCUGUGACUCUGCGCGCAGGGUUGCCAAACCAGAAAUCCUUGUUCUGGCCCUGUGAGACGAUGAAAACAACACCUUAGUUUAUACAGUUUAUAAGCUCAUUGUUCUCUGGAAAUCAUUGUGUAGCCCGCUUAUGUGGUUUAAAAGAAAAAAAACACACACUAAAGAAUACUUGUGGGCCUAUAAGGUAUUCUGUGGCUCAAUGGUGCAACAGUGAUGUGAAACUCUGCGCUUUUGUUUUUUUAAAUUUACAGUAGCAUUUACUGUAAACAGUUAUUUUUUGGGGUUAUAGCAGCAAGAAAAGCUAAUAGUAUGGAAUAGCUGGAAAGGCAGCUAACGUCUAUCCAAUCAUUUGAUUACCAUAUUCAAUAUAAUGUGUACUGAAUAUUAAGGACAAAGAUAAUGUGUACAGCUUGUAGCUUUUAUAUAGAUGUUUGUUUGUUUGUUUGUUUUUUAAAUCAAAGAGGAUUUUCAAUCAGUGCAUUAAGCUAAUCAGUCGUGUUCCUGGAGAGGUCUUCAGUCUGUUAUGUGAGUUUGAUUGUAGUGUGAUCAAUCUGUGGAAUGUUGGAUUGAUUAUGGUCUGGGAUUUGGAGUCCCACUCUACACAUUCACAUAAACCAUGAAGCUGAGUCUGCUGGUCUCAAGUGCACUUGUGUUAGUGAAAAGUGAGAAACAGUCAGAAAACACUCGUUGUGCUCUUACGGCAGUUCCAUAAAAUGCAUUGGAACGGCAAAAUGCAAAAAAAAAAAA